AUGCCACGGUGCGGAUGUGGCCAUUAUAUGUCGUCUGCCGAUUCAGACACAGAAGAAGCAGAAGACAGAUCGAAGUCACGGUGGUUGAAUCCUUGGUAUGAUGAUGACCGAAAGUUUGUACAAACCAGAGCCUCGAGACUGGUAGAAUCUAAAUUACAUCUUAAUAAACUUGUUUUGCUGGGAGAAGCAGGGUGUGGAAAAACAGCUAUUGCUAAACACAUUGCUCUGAAUUACCGGAAGAAUGAUUGGAGAAUUGUAGAAGUAAAGAAUCUACACGAUGUCAAGAGAGCACCGGUGAAAAAAGUGUCCGUUCUGUUUUUAAUUAAUGAUCCUAUUGGAAAAAGUGAUCUGGAUGAAAAGUCUCUUAGGAUGUGGUAUUUACAAAGGAAGAUAUUCGACGGGUAUUUUUCGAGAAAUAAAGAAGAAACCAGCGUAAAGCCUCCAAAAAUAAUUGUGACUUGCAGGUCAAAUCUCCCCAGAAAAGAAAUGGAAUUCCUCAUGAAUGGGUUUACCAUUAUCAAUCUGGACGGAGAUGAUGCAAGGUUGACUGACAGAGAAAAAGAAGACAUUCUCAAGAUGCACAUUGAUUGUUCUAAUCUUAAAGAUAGUGAAGUCAGUCAGCUUAUUAAAACGGAAAAAUCAUUUCCUUUAAUCUCCAGUAUAGUUUCUACAAACGAAUUCUUUCAGAAAGAUGUACUUACAUUUUUCAAAGAACCUUUUACGCAACUGAAAAGAGAGAUUCUAUCGUUGAAAGAAAAUUCCAAAGAGAAAUAUCUGUGUCUCUUCUUGUUGGUGUUACAUGGAAAUGAAUUACAUAAGGACAGCUUUGAGGAUAAAGAACAAGAUGAUGAAAAUCUGGAAAAGGAAGAUGACAAAGAAGGUUCCAACAUUGAAAAAAUGGAUAACGAAAACUUAUCUGAAGAGGAAAAUGACGAUGAUGAUAGCGAAAAAUCUAACGAAGAUGAAGAAUGUAGCGAUAAUGAUGAAGAAAAAUAUAAAGAUGAAGAAGAGGAUGAUGAUAACGAAAAUGAUGAUGAUGAUGAUGAUGAAGAUGAUGAAGAUGACGACGAUGAUGAUGACGACGAUGAUGAUGAUGAUGACGAUGAGGAUUUAGAUUCUAUUAAUGUCAUGAUGCUUAAUGAUCUAUUAAAAACAUUUAAUCUUCCUCAGAGCACUUCCAGGAUUGCCCUUUUUCAAUGUUUAAAGUCUCUCCGGGGUCAUUAUUUUGUACGAAGAGUCAUCAAGAUUUUCAAAAUAACAGAUGACUCUUUUCUGCUUGCCUUGACCAGGAUAUUUUGUGAUGAUAUUCCAGAGAAGUUUCUGAAAUAUUGCAAAAACAGUUUCUUUUGCACAUUAACCACUUGUUCAAUCAAAGAAAAUGAAGUCUUUCAAAACAUUCAACUUGAAGACCGUUUUAUUGAUCCUUUCAUUGAAAGAAUCGAGGAAGAUAUUGUGAAUGGUACAUACUUGGAUAUAUUUCUUAGUCCUUGGAUCCAGGAAGAAAGAGUCUUGACAAAGCUAAAAUUGCGCUUAAAGAAUAAAUCUAAAGAUGACUUGGAAAAAAUACUCUUACAUUCCAAACUGGAUGAAGACGAUAAUUUUCCGGAACCGGGGUCAGUUCUGCAGAAGAAAUUACGGGGGUUUUCAAGACUUGACUUGAUUCCUCUGUGCCACGACAUAUCACCUAUUAUCCUUGCGCUUGUCUUAAACAUGGAUAAUUUAUUUUUUGCCAUAUUCUCACUGGUGAAGGAAACUAGGACCUUCUCCGAAUAUCUUAAGAAUUCCUCAUUGAAAAGUGCCUGUUGUAUCAAUGGGAGAAUCGAUUUUGUCGCACAAGUUAUAGAUAUUAAAGACUUCAAAAAUGCAUGCUGGAGCAAACAGGAGAAAUUAUACUCAGUUCAUAUUGCUGCAAAUUUCCUCCAGACUGACAUUUUAUCACUUAUUCUAAACGAUGAAUGUGAUGUAAACAUGGUUACGAACAACAAUGAAUCGCCUCUUUUCUUGGCAGCAGCAGCUGACAGAAACACUCUCCAGAACAUACCCUGGGCAUGUUGUAAGGAGUUCGAUAUAUUUGAUGAAAAGUUUGACGAAAUUUUGGAGGAAAAGCGUUUGCACACACUAUCUCUUCUUGUUCAAAAAGGAUCAGAUGUAAAUAUUCAUCCCGUUCAAUUUCCCUCAGCUCUUGCUUAUAGCUGUCAAAGAAAGAACAUAGACAUUGUUAGGAUUUUGCUCGAGAGUGGUGCCAAUGUAAAUGACACUGGCGAGGACAAACUGUCUGCUUUACAUUUUGCUUCAAAGGUUGGCAGCCUAGAUAUAGUUACGUUACUGUUGGAGAAGGGUGCAGAUGUUAAUAUGAAAAGCGCAGAGGGACUUUCGUCAUUAUAUUUUGCAUCAUUAAAAGGAAAUGAGGCUAUAGUCGAACUAUUACUCACCAAAGGAACAGGCGAUGAACUCAAAGAAAAGACGGGAUACACUCCUUUCUUCGUUGCUUGUAAGAGAGGCCAUACAAACAUUGUGAAAAUGUUUCUUCAGCACACUCCAUGCAUAGAUUGCAGAUUAUCAACUGGUACCACAGCAGUAUUUGCAGCUGUUGACAAUGGUCAUGAAAAAAUUGUGGAGAUGCUUAUAGGUAAUGGCGCAGAUGUGAAUGUAGUUCGAAAGAAUAAAAUGAUAAGUCCUUUAUAUUCUGCAGCCGCUCAUGGAUAUGCCUCGAUAUUAGAAACAUUAUUAAACUGUCGUUUGGACAGUAAUCUAAAAACUAAAGGGGGAGAUACUCCAUUAAUUGUUGCAUCUCAAAAUGGUCACUACUCUACUGUCCAAUCACUACUGAAGAGUAAAGCAAAUGUAAAUCAAGUCAACAAUUUUUCGAAAGCCCCACUGCACUUUGCAGCGGAAAAAGAUCAUCUUGAUAUAGUGUCAUUACUACUGGCAAACAAUGCAGACGUCGAUUUAUCUACAAAAAAAGGGUUCACUCCGUUGAUGCGGGCCUCAGCCUGUGGGCAUAAAAAUAUUGUGCAGGAACUUCUAAAUCAUGGCGCUGAUGUAAAUAUGACUAACAAGCAGGGGGCCUCUGCUCUUUUUGUUGCUUCAGAGCAUGGACAUCUCGAAGCUGUAAAAAUUCUUUUAGCAAACAAAGCUGACGUAAAUUCAUGUACCCAAUAUGGAAAGAGCCCGCUGUUUGUUGCCUCAGAAUUCGGUCAUCAUGAAAUUGUACAAGAAUUGUUGUGUCACGAUGCUGAAGUUAAGGAAAAUGACUCAAGAAAUCUCCUUGAAGCCCCUUCAUAUUCUGGAUACGUAAAAACUGUUGCAUUGCUUGCAGAAAAUGGGGCAAAAGUCAACGAAAAAGAUAACGAAGGACGCACUCCUCUUAUGAAUGCAUCAAGGAGAGGAUUCACAGAUGUUGUUAAAAUUUUGCUGAAGAAUGGAGCUGAUAUCAACAUAUGCGAUGAUGAGGAAGAAGAAAAUGCUUUAGAUAUGGCAUGUUCUAGGGGUCAUUCAGAUAUCGUCAGUCUUUUACUGGAUCAUGGUAUGGAUAUCAAUAACAACAGUGAUGACGAGAGUUACACACCUUUAAUGCAUGCUUUGGAAGGCAGCCAUCUUUCAACAGCCUUACUACUGUUGGAUCGUGGCGCUGAUGUACACACUAAAGUUAAUGGUAUAACAGCUCUCUAUUUUGCAUGUUCUGCCGGAUUCAAAGAAGUCGUAGACAUCCUUCUAGAGCGCAAAGCGGAAGUCAACCCGAAGGAGCCUGAUGGUUCUUUAGCUGCCUCUCCCCUUUUUGCUGCUAUUACUGAGGGUCAUUAUCAAAUCGUUAAAGUUCUCUUACAAAAUGGUGCCGAUAUAAACAAUUACAAGUCAGGUUACAUUGAUCAGACUUUGUUGAUAACAGCCGUUGAAAAAGAUCAAGUUGGCAUGGUAAAGCUACUUUUGGAAUAUGGAGCCAAUGUCAAUGCAGAAGAUAACCAUGGUAAUACAGCUCUGCAUGCGAGUGCUUAUUAUAAUUGUAAUGCUGACUGCAUGUCAGUUUUACUGAAUAACGAGGCUGAUCCGAAUGUUUACAAUAAAAAUGGAACAACUCCUAUGAUGAUGACCCUUCAGAAAUAUUCUGUUGCGAAGGAGUGCAUAAAGGCACUGGUUGAUCACGGUGCAGACGUCAAUGCGUGUGAUAGGUAUGGAGAUUAUACUUUACAUCACGCUGCUAUGUGGGAGGACGCACAUAUCGCAUUACCUCUCCUUCUUGACCACGGUGCUGACGUAAAUAUACGAAGCGAAAGUGGACAAACGGCACUUCAUGAGUCAUGCCUUAUUGGCUGUUUAAAGGCUGUUAAAAUACUUCUUAAAUAUGGUGCAGACGUAUCUAUUUGCUCGGAAAAUGGCCUCACUGCACUAGACAUUGCUAAAAAGAAGAGAUAUAAGAAUAUCAUAAAAAUUCUUUCUGAAAAACUUGGCGAGAGUGGAGUGGAAAAGAAAGGGUCGAUUCCUACUUCAUCGUCGAAGGGUUACUCGCCGACUUUACGCAGAGAUGUUGUGCUCGCACGAAGGAAUCCACUAGGGCCUGCUCUACCAAGAAAUCAUGGUUUAGUGAAAUUAAAGAAGACCUGGCGAUAA